AUGAGCUUAGGGCAGAGUUCCACCACCACCACAAAUCAUGAAUGGCUGCCACUGCCGAGUGGCAUAUCCAUCACAUCUCAUGAUUCAUUCACAAAAGACUUGCUUUAUCAAUUUGAUAAAAGAAGAUCUCAAUUAUUAUCCAAUGAAUACUACAUUUCCUCCUCUAUUGGAAGCAGCAUUAGCCAACAAAGCCCUAAAGAAUCACCUUUAAUAGCUGCUACAGAGCCUGCCGCUGCUUGUACGCUACAAAUAGCAUCCAUAUCAGUACCAAGCUUACCACAAUCGCAUUCAACGGAAACAACGGCAACAACGGCAACGGGAGAGCACGCUAACAAUCAUGUAUUAAUAGAACAAGAAAGAGAAAUAAUUCAGGGCAAUCAUAAAAAUAACAACAGGCGCCGAUCAGCGGGUGAUUUAUUGCGAAAAUCUUCCUUGUACCUGAGAAACAAGUUUAACGAAGGUUUCCAUCAUAAUACUCAUUUAGAGCAACAGCAGCAGCAGCAGCAGCAGCAGGACACUGAAGAUCAGCACAGUGCAUCACUUUUUAAUUCUUGGACCCUGAAAAAGAAAAAGAAGAGACGAAAUGCACAUGAUGUGUUUAAGAAUAGAUCGCUUUCAAGUGCUUCGAUACCGUUGCCACCUUCGCCACCCACACAGCAACAACAACAACAACAACAACAACUAUCAAAGAUAGCCGUUAAUACCACCAUUAAUAUCCAACCUCUAAACCAAGCGAAUAAUAAAUCAAACAGUAAAAACCCUAUUCAGCCGCCUAUCAUCACUCAAUAUCCUCCCAAGCCUUUAAAGUAUUCCCCAGUAGAGCCCCUUCCAGACGAAGAUGACAACGGUAAUAGCAGCAUAGGUGCAGCAUUGCAUUAUAAAAAAUCAAAGACAUUACAUCGUCUGUCCCUACCUUUGCUAAAACUCACAGCUCAGCAACAGCAACAGCAGCAGCAGCAGCAGCAGCAGCAGCAGCAGCAGCAGCAGCAGCCAUCAGACAACACACUACAAAGAAGAAGAUCAGAUUCAGAUUUGUUAAACAGAAGUUUGGUUGUCGAGAAAACCUCUCACUCAAUGCUACAUUCCAUCAGUAAGAGAUGGAACAAGUUGCUAUCAACGUGCAUACAACGAGGCGUCAAGAAAAAGGAUUGA